ACCUCUUUUUGUCGCUCCCCAAGACAGAGAAGCCAUUACUUUGAAAUUCCCUGCUCAAACCACAGCAAAAUGAAGCCUUUAGUCGUUCUUGUUUUAACCAUUUUAGCUCUUACGCACAGCGAAGAGAUUAAAGAAGAGAAAGAUGUCUUAGUCUUAACGUCUGCUAACUUUGACGAAGCUAUUGCUGCAAACAAACAUGUUUUAGUUGAAUUCUAUGCUCCGUGGUGUGGCCACUGCAAAGCUUUAGAACCAGAAUAUGCCAAAGCAGCCGGCUCGUUAAAGAAAGAAGGCUCAGAAAUCAAACUGGCCAAAGUAGACGCUGUAACAGAGACAAAACUCGGAGAAAAAUAUAAAGUACAAGGCUAUCCUACCAUUAAGUUCUUUAAAGACGGCAAGCCUACAGAAUAUUCAGGUGGACGAACUGAGUCAGAGAUUGUCACUUGGCUGAAGAAAAAGACUGGUCCACCAGCGACUAGUCUGGAAACUGCUGAUGCUGUCAAGACAUUCCUUGAAAAAGAAGUGGCUGUUAUCGGUUUCUUUGCUGACAAAGAGUCUGAGGCUGCCAAAGCUUUCACCAAUGCAGCUGAUGGUAUUGAUGAUGUUGAGUUUGGUAUGGUUUCUGAUGCUGCUAUUGCUAGUGAACACAAAGUUGAGGGUGACAAAGUUGUUCUCUUCAAGAAGUUUGACGAGGGACGUAAUGACUAUGAUGGUAAAUAUGAUGCAGAUGAGAUCCAGAAGUUUGUCCGUGCCAACCAACUUCCUCUUGUUACUGAAUUUAGUGAUGAGACUGCACCUAAGAUUUUUGGAGGUGACAUCAAGCACCAUAUCCUCUUCUUUGACAACAAGACCUCGGAUGCCUUCAAAGCYAACCAUGAAGCUUUUGCCGGCGCUGCCAAGGGUUUCAAGGGCAAAGUUCUCUUUGUCUUUGUUAAUGCAGAGGUUGAGGAUAACCUAAGGAUCAUGGAAUUCUUUGGUAUUCAGACCAAAGAGCUUCCAACUGUGCGUCUUAUCAACCUUGCUGAUGAUGACAUGACUAAAUACAAGCCAACACAACCAGAGAUCUCUUCAGAAGUUGUCACCGAGUUUGUCCAGGGAUUCUUGGAUGGCAAACUCAAGCCCCAUCUCUUAACUCAAGACGUACCAGAAGACUGGGAUGCCAAACCAGUCAAGGUUCUUGUAGGAAAGAACUUUGAUGAAGUAGCAAGAGAUAAAACUAAGGAUGUUUUGGUUGAAUUCUAUGCUCCAUGGUGUGGUCACUGUAAACAGCUUGCACCAAUCUGGGACAAACUUGGUGAAAAAUUCAAGGAUAAUAAGGAUGUUGUUAUUGCUAAAAUGGAUUCUACAGCUAAUGAAGUAGAGGGAGUCAAAGUUCAGAGCUUCCCAACAAUCAAAUUCUUUCCCAAGGAGGGAGAUGUUGUUGAUUACAAUGGAGGCAGAACUCUAGAAGACUUUGUUAAAUUCUUGGAAUCUGGUGGUAAAGAAGGUAAUGAACCACCCAAGGAGGGAGAGGAACCAGAACCAGAGGGAGAAGGAGAAGAGGAAAUCCCACCAGAAGAAGGAGAUGGUGAUGUUAAAGAAGAAGAAACCGGAGAAGAAGCUACUGAAGACGCUGCUAAGAAAGAUGAAUUGUAAACAACAAUUUCAUUAUCCUUCACAUCAUUGUGCCCUUUUUUAUUUAAUGUUUUGCUCCUUACUUAUCGCCGUAUUGUAAGACAAUACAAUCUCCACAUGGCCUGUUCUAUGGGUUGUUUUAACAGCAAAUUAGUUCAAAAUUUUAUGAAAUUAAGUUCUUAAGACACACACAAGCUAAUACAUGCUUGUGAUUAAAAAAACAUGGAGACUUCACAAUCACUUAUGUUUUAAUGUGCUACACUUUCUUUUUCUUUUCAUUUUUUGUUUGUUUGUUUGUUUUGUUAUAUUUUGGUAACCAUUUUGAAUUGAGUAAAUUGUGUUUAUAAGGUAAUUUGCUUUUGAAACAAUUUUGUUCAGUUUCUCAAGUGUAGCCUGUAGUUUUUAGUCUUUCAUUGUUGAAACGAGAACAAAUGUUUAUUUAAAUAUGGACAAACUUCAAAAAUAGGAUUUCUAAUUAAAUGAUUUCAAAAAAAUUAUAAUUUUAAUUUGUUAUAAUCUUUUAAGGUUAUUGAGUGUGUAUCUUCUAGAUAGUUUUGUAGGACAUUUAUUAAGCUAAUGAAUUUUGAAUAUACUGCUAUACAGUAACUGCAUUCAUAAARUUAUCGACUCAGUUGGACAGUUCACUGCAGUUAGCUUCAAGGUAGCGACAUUGUUCAUGUUUAUCACAAAACAUCCAAGAUCUCUUGUAUUUAAAGGCUCUGUUGUACUGUGGUUUGAGAUAAAUAAAAACAAACUUUUCAAAGGAAA